CUCACCCUUCAUCCUAUUCAACCGCAAACAUGUCGCCCUCCAAGGUUUCCACACUGGAUUUCGAAACAUUCUACAACGUCGUGGAUGGCAAGCAGCGGGGCAGCAAGAACAUUCAUCACGGCGUGAACCCCGCCACUGGAAAGGAGCUGUGGGAUGUUCCCAUUGGAUCCGAGCAGGAUCUGAACGAUGCCGUCGCCGCUGGCAAAAAGGCCUUCCCUGCCUGGAGAGACACCCCCAUCGCGAAGAGGAAGGAAAUGCUAAUGAAAUUUGCGGAACUUUUCGGACAGCAUACUGAGGAGUUCACAACUCUACUGUGCAAGGAAUCUGGCAAGCCCAGGAAGUUCGCUGCAACCGAGGUUGGAGGCGUUGGUGGAUUCAUCGGAUAUCAUUGCACCCUCGAAAUUCCGGAGGAUAAAUUUGAAGACGACGAGAAGACUGUAUACACUGAGUACACUCCUUUAGGAGUCUGUGGAGGUAUCAUCCCAUGGAACUUCCCACUGAUUCUGUCUGUCGGUAAGAUCGCUCCAGCGGUGUUGACUGGUAACGCUAUCGUGAUCAAGCCAUCGCCAUUCACACCUUACACUGGCCUCAAACUCGUUGAGCUUGCACAGGAGAUUUUCCCUCCUGGUGUCAUUCAGGCUGUUGGAGGUAACAACGAGCUCGGAGCGUUACUCACUACGCACCCUGACGUUGCCAAGAUUUCUUUCACAGGUUCCAUUGCCACUGGAAAGAAGGUCAUGGAGGCUAGCGCCAAGACACUCAAGCGUGUCACCCUUGAGCUCGGUGGUAACGAUGCAUCUAUCAUUCUCCCCGAUGUCGACGUUAAGAAGGUUGCUCCCGAGGUAGUGAUGGGUGCUUUUCAGAAUUCCGGUCAGGUUUGCGUUGCGACUAAACGCAUCUAUAUCCACGAGUCCAUCUACAAGGAAUUUCUCCAGGAGAUGGUCAACUUUACUAAGUCGAUUAAAGUUGGCUCUCCGGACGAUGGUGACAAUCUUCUCGGCCCUAUUCAGAAUUCGAUGCAGUACGAGAAAGUCAAGGGUUUCUUCGCCGAUAGCAAGGCUAAAGGCUACAAAUUCGCCGCUGGUGAACCCGAUGUUGCUGCUUCCAAGGGUUUCUUCAUCCAGCCGACUAUUAUUGACAACCCGCCAAACGAUUCGAGGAUUAUCGCCGAGGAGCCCUUUGGCCCGAUUGUUCCAACACAGCCUUGGUCUAACGAAGAUGAAGUGAUUGCUCGUGCGAACAACACCAAUACUGGCCUUGGUGCGUGCGUCUGGGGUAAGGACGUCCAACAUGCGGCGAAGAUCGCUCGACGACUCGAGGCUGGUUCGGUCUUCGUCAACAGCUGGGAGAAGCCUACUCCACAGGCCAUCUUUGGUGGCCAUAAGGAAUCUGGUAUUGGUGGCGAAUGGGGCAAGACUGGUCUCCUUGCGUUCAUGAACGCUCAUGUGAUCCAUGUGUACAAGUCGUGACUGGAUGGACUUGAGGUUUCGCCACGACUAUGAUGUAUGAUACGACUAAUCAAUGUCCUAAAGAGAAAUAUCAAACACCUCUGUCAAUACUAUAGUCUAGUUAAGAGUAAAGAGCAUUCGGAUUCCCAAUAUG